AUGCGUUGGGGGGGUCGCAGGGCGGCACUCGCUCUGGUGGGCGGCGGGGCGUUGACUGGGGCUGCGUUGUGGUACGCCGCCCGCGGCGCCGCGGCGGGAGCCGCUCCCCCACCGCAACUCUCCGCCGACGAGUUCAACGCACUGCAGAGUGAGGCGCUUCUCGCAGAGGCCUUUGACGGCAACCAUCUGCCGUGGCGGCGAAGCGGCGGCGGCGGCAGCAGAGACUUCGGCCUGACUUUGUACCGCCUCCUGGGAUGCCCGUACUGCGCGAAGGUGGAAUGGGUCCUUCGCUACCACGCCGUGCCGUUGACCCUGGUCGACGUCGACACCCUCUCCGGCGCGGGGCUCCCGGACCCCCGCUACAGCCUGGUGCCGCAAAUACGGCUGGCGCCGCUGGCUGACGCCGCAGGUGCCACCCCGGCCGACGCCGCAGGGGUUUACGUUGUGGAUUCCCAAUGCAUUAUCUCCGCAAUUUCCGUGCCGCUGGGGUUUGCUGGCCAACUGAAGGAUCCACGCAUCGCAGAGACGCGUCGAUGGAUUAUGGAGCGCUUUCAGGCGGUGAGCUUUGUCGCGUGCAACAACACCUGGAGGAACGCCUUUGCUAGCUACCCCUACGUGACACCGUCGCGCUACCACAACGUUGCUUUUCGCGUCGUGGGGGCGACCGGGCUGUGCAUCCUCUCGCGGUACAAAAUCUUGCCCAGACUUGUGGCGAAGGGGGUCGAUACGCGCGGGGGAUUGCCCGCCAAGGAUCCGGCGGCAUGGCUCCAGGAGGAGCUGGCGGCAUUCACCGCACGGCUGCAGGAUCGUCCCUCUCGUCGCUUUCACGGCGGCAGGGAACCCGACGUCGCCGACGUGGAAAUGUAUGCCGUGACACGCGUCGUGGAGGCCCACCCAAGGCUGAGGCACGUCCUCCACCAGGGGGCCCUCGGGGAAUGGAACUCCGCGAUGGAGGAGGAGAUGCGGAAGCGGACACAACCGCAGGCCUGA